CGUGUCGCACUUCAACACUCAUGAUGGCCUCUGAGCGCGUGCUUGUGACGGGCGGACAAGGGUUCAUUGGAGCAUGGGUGGUGAAGCAGCUCCUGGAUGAGGGCGUGCAUCCCAUUAUCUUUGAUCUCAAGGAAAACAAUGGCAUCCUGGAGCAGGUCCUCCAACCACAGCAGAUGCUCAAGCUGGAGCGCCACUAUGGCGACAUUUCCGACACGGAACAUGUGCGUUCUUUGGUGUUGGAGUGCAAGCCAACGGCCAUCAUCCAUCUCGCGGGUCUGCAGAUCCCGACCUGCAAGGUCAACCCGGUCCUUGGCGCCCAGGUCAAUGUCAUCGGCACCCUCAACGUCUUUGAAGCCGCCAAGGCCCUUCGGGAGGUGACGGGUGGUAAGCCACCCAUGAUUGUGUACGCGUCAUCUGCAGCCGUGCUGGGCCCACCAUCCGCAUACACGGAGACGCCCGUGCCUGACGACUACUACCACAAGCCCGGCACCAUCUACGGCGUGUUCAAGCUGUGCAAUGAGGGCUGCGCGCGCCUGUACUGGCAGGAUCACCAGAUGCCGAGCGUGGGGCUUCGGCCGCUCACCUGCUUUGGCGUUGGACGCGAGAUUGGGCUCACCUCCGCGCCCACCAAGGCCAUCAAGGCCACCGUGCUCGGCCGCAAGUACACUGUCACGUGCUCUGGCACGACCGGUUUCUCGUAUGUGGAGGAUGUUGCCCGCAUCUUCGUGGGCUGCAUGCGCGCCUCUGUUGAAGGUGCUCCCGCCUUUAACAUUCGUGGUGUCGUCGACACCUCCGAGCACUUUGUUGAGAUCCUGAAGCAAGUGCUGCCAGAGGCUGGGCAGCUGAUUGACAUCAAGGGGCCCUCCAUCCCCAUCAUGGCCGACACUGAUGAGUCUGCGCUCACAGCCCUGCUCAAGUCCGUCCCCGCCCCUCACGACCUCAAGGAGCCCUUCCCGCUGCCGUUGGACGAGUGCAUCCGUCGCACAGCAGAGCACUUCAAGCGGCUCGCAGAUGAAGGCAGGCUGCACAGCAACGACCUGCCUCCCCUCGAAUGACGAAAGUGCACCACUUCCACUGUGUAUCAUGUGAGCAUGUGAACACGUGUGUGUGUGUGUAUGCAUCGUGUGUGCACGAACCACGCAAUCGGGAUCAAUGACGUUCAUCACCACACACAGACACACAAACUAGAGGCCGGUUCAGCCACCGCAGGCACUUCAACAAGCACACACCAUCCUCGCCAUCCUCGCCAUCCUCGCCAUCUUGCCCCCCCCCCCCCCCCUCCUCUUGUUUGAAUUGACAACCGACCAAUCAGCGUUUACAUUUGAGAAUUCCACAAAAUAAAAAAAUUGUUCUUCCGC